AUGUUGGCAUUCAGCGUCAUCUGUGGUGGUUCCAUUACGCUUAGUUUCGCCGUUAACAGCUUCAAGCCGCUAACGGGCGAGUGGGAAAUCACAGGCGAGACAAUGCCCUCUGUAAUCGGCAUGAGCAAUACACUGGAUUUUGCCGUCUCGUACGCUAUCAACCCCUCUAUCGACGCCAUGAAUGUCCAGAACUGUUUUAUCACGGUCGCGAUGGUAGCCUUGCUGUGCACCUUCACGUUCCUCCCUGUGGUUUUCUUUGGCAAGCGGUUGAGGAAGCACUCGGCUCCAAAGUACUGGGAGUACAUAGUAACACGUGCGGCUAGGGGUCAUUAG